CCAGAUAAUUCAGUGGCUAUGAUUUGGUAGUGGUUGUACGCGUUCUUCGCAGAUGAUGUCACGACGCAAUGAUCUAAUGCUCGAAGUUUAAAGAGGUUCAAGUGAAAAAUAGUUCACAUGGUAGGGUUUGCUMCACAGGCUCUGUGGGACAAUUUUGAAUGGAUUUCAAACAGGUCAAGGUUGAAUUUCCAACAGAAUGUAAUCCGAAAGUUUGCCGUAUAUUUAUGAAAAAGAUACCACAAAUCUACAUUGGUCGAGGGCAAUAAAGUCUUCACUUUGCAACGUACGCCAUAUCAAGGAAAGGAACCAACAAAAAUACUGGAUAUUUGUUCAAUGUCUAUCGCGAUGGAUUAGAAAGAAGUAGACGAGAUGAUACGAUCUAUUCUUUGGRCCAUACUCGCACUAAAGGCUUUUCUUCCAUCAAUGAGUACGAUUAUCGGAAAUGAUCCGUGGUAUAGCACGUCAAGUCACUACUGGUCAUUCAACCAAAUGGACGGCAACAAACACAUUAUGGACAUUACGGGCUACAGAAAGAGUCGCGUAUACGGUGGUGCAGACAUUAUAAAAGGAGUGAGCAAAAACGCUUUGCAACUUGAUGGCCUUCUCAGUACUGGAGCAAACUUGGGCAACUUUUCUACCACAUGUUUGAGCGAGCCUUUGAACUGCAAAAGGGGCUUCUCUGUAGCUUUCUGGAUGAAACUAGACACCAAAAACAUUGAAGAUGAUUCUUAUCAAGUAAUUUUCCAAGUAUCUAGAAUGCAGCAGUCUAUAGGGACAACAUUUUACGCCAAAAAGGAAAUUCUAGGGUUGAGUGUGAAUGAUAAGAACUUAAGUAGAACUGUGGAAAUCACCUGGAAUACCACAGAAUGGUCUCAUUUGACUUUAUCAUGGAACAAAGUCAAGGGUUCUGUAAAUAUCUUCUUGAACUGCAAAGGAAACAAAGUUAUUAAAAAUAAAAUAGCGCGAAAUAUGUUCUAYAUGGUSCCUCCUCAAAAUCAAAUGUGGCUGGGGUCAAAUUAUGCUCUAAUGAAGAAUUGUAGGCUUGCCAUCGAUGAACUGGCGAUUUGGUAUGUGGUAUUAUCAGUACAGGAGAUCUGUUAUCUUCAUAAAGUCAAAGCAGUCGAUGGCGGUUUUUCACCUUGGAGUAAUUUCACGUCGUGCAGUGUAACCUGUGGUCUUGGCACUAAAACACGMACACGAACUUGCACGAAUCCACYACCGCAACAUGGUGGAUCAGACUGCGUGGGUCCCCACAACGAGACUUUGAACUGUUUUCUACGUGAAUGUCCUAUCGAUGGCAAUUAUACUAUGUGGUCAGCGUUCUCUUCGUGUAGUAAAUCGUGCGGGGGAGGGGAGCGUAAGAGAUUUAGAACGUGUACCAAUCCACAGCCAUUAUACGACGGUAAAAACUGCUCGCGUUACGGYGGUCCAGUUGAUAUAUUGGCAUGCAAUACUCAACAUUGUCCAAUCAACGGUGGUUUAAGUCAGUGGUCUAAUUACACAAGCUGUUCUGUAUCUUGCGGUGAUGGAAUGAGAACUCGUAAUCGCAGUUGUACAAAUCCUCCUCCACAAUAUGGCGGAAAGGAUUGCUCUAAAUUUGAUGCGACAUUAGAAACGAAAUAUUGCUUUUUGAAAAUUUGUCCAGUAGAUGGUAACUAUAGUAACUGGARCCCCUUUUCUGUCUGUAGUCGUAGUUGUGGGGGUGGUAAUCAGUCACGUGAAAGACARUGCAAUAACYCCACCCCUGUAGGGGACGGUAGAAAUUGUUCACAUUUAGGACCAUCGUUUGAAACAAGACUGUGUAAUACUCAGGAAUGUCCGGUAAACGGUGGAUAUACGCCAUGGUCAUCUUUUAGCAAUUGUUCCAAAGUAUGUGGAGGUGGGGUAAGAAUAAGAACUAGAGAUUGCACAAACCCCCCUCCUGCAUACGGUGGCAUUGAUUGUUCCCGUCUAGGGUACGCUGAGGAAACACAGAUUUGUAAUGAUGAUCCUUGUCCGGUGGAUGGAGGGUUUGGUGAUUGGUCGAUAUACAGCGCAUGCUCCGUAUCAUGUGGUGGUGGCAAGCGCAAGAGAACAAGGUCAUGUGAUAAUCCUAUGCCUGCUUAUGGAGGCAAGAAUUGUUCYAGUCUYGGUCCAUCUAUGGAGACGAUGGCUUGCAAUACUCAAAAAUGUCCAGAUAUCGUAUUCUUAACGGUGGUAAGAUUUCUCGAAGAAGAAUUCCAACCUUUUCUCUACAAUAGAGAAAGUGAAAAGUUCCAAAGAUUCCGUCGUAAAAUCGAGAACAAUGUUAAGAACGUUUUUGGCCCAACUUCAGCUUUYGAUGGACUGGAAAUUAUCUGUGAACCUGGAAUCUCCAAAAAUAACCGACCCAGUGGAAUCCAAUGCAAACUGGAACUGCAGUUCUCGUCAGGUGGCUACGAUGGGAUAGUUGAUCUGCAAGACGCUUUGCACCUGAAAGGAAUGCUUGGCACGAUGCCGGUCGAGACAUCUUACCUCAUCAGUUCUGAUGUUCCAACAGAUUACAAAGGUCUAAACGUUCAAGUGUAUAACGUUAGCGCGCAAAGUCUCAACGUCACGUGGUCUUUAAGUGACAAACGAGAGAAGGAAGACGUCCAAGGCUACCGUUUGGUUUACACAGACGAGACGAACAAUAAAUACAGCAYCAUUGUUCAAGGACGGGACACGAGUCAUGUUGAACUGAAACAUUUAAAGAUCUACCAUUUYUACUGUAUACGACUUUUGCCUUUUAAUUCACGUGGUGAUGGAUUAGCGACGUAUCCUGUAUGCGCUUAUACCGAUUUAAAAAUUCCAGGGGAUUUUCCUAAGAACCUGUCCGCCCACCAAAUGAACAACGACUCAGUGCUUAUCACGUGGGACCAUCUCAGCGAAGAACUUCAUAAUGGCGACUUGUUAGGGUAUGCGCUGAGGUAUCAUAAGGUGAACAAUACUCAUCAUUCGAGUAUUGCAUACAAAAGGAAGAACAUCUCUCCARCAACAAAUGAAUACGUAUUUGAUGAGUUUGGAGRUUUUGCCYUGUWUAAAAUGCAGAUUGCAGCGUUUAAUAAGAAAGGCGUUGGAGAAUGGAGCGAUGAGUUGGAGUUUUACACUGCAGAGGAUGUUCCAGGAAAAGCUCCUCUCAUCCAAACGGCCUACAACACAAGUUCUUCAUCGGUGUACAUUUCRUGGUACCCAAUCCCCAAGCAAUACCACAACGGUCGGUUGCUUGGUUACCGUAUAUUUUACAAAGAUGUAACAAUGAGAAAUGAUAGUCACUAUGACAACAUAACUCUUGGUCCAGACGUCGAUAGGAUUAAUAUAACGGGACUAAGGAAGUAUAAAACGUAUGUGGUGCAAGUUGCUGGCUWUAAUAACAAAGGAGAAGGGGCACCAUCGAAGGGGGUUCUGGUCACUACUGAUCAAGAUGUUCCCAGUCAACCUCCAGCGCAAGUAACCGUGGCAAAUACGUCGUCUACAAGUUUAAUAGUUCAGUGGAGCCCAGUCCCCAAGRAUGGUCGAAAUGGUGAUAUUAUAGGAUAUAAAAUACAAUACAAGAGGUCAGGGAGCAAUGAACCUAUCGUCACUAAGUGUUGUAUCCCUGAGACAAGCGCCGCAGAUCUUGAAUCCCUUAGAAAGUUUACCAAGUACGAUGUACAGAUACAGGCAUACACGGUUAAAGGUGAUGGGCCCUUAUCAGACGUCGUUAUAGCAACAACAGCUGAGGACAUACCCAGUAAGCCACCAACGUUCCUAUCUUUAUAYAAYACAAGCUCAACCAGCCURMGAGUGACAUGGCUAGCCAUYCCAKCACGUUAUGUCCAUGGUAUACUACUCGGCUAUCGAGUGUUAUAUCGUUCUAUAAAUGUCACGAAGGAAAAGUACGAAUAUGAGGAAGUUGGACCAGAUUCACUGGAGGUUGUUCUUAAGGGUCUUCUYAAGUAUAUGGACUAUGGAAUACGCGUGCUGGGAUUUACUAAAGUUGGACUUGGGACUGUCAGUAAUGAAGUGAUAGUCAGGACUGACCAAGAUGUCCCAAGUUGGCCGCCAGAAAACGUYGUUGCAAUCAACAAAACCAGUCCAACUAAAAUCAGCUUGAAAUGGCAGCCAAUCAGCAAUCRAUAUUUUAUUCACGGCAUUCUGCUUGGGUAUAAGGUGAUUUAUAGAGCRGUCAGAAAUCCUGACGAGUUCUUAAAYGGACCAAGAAAMGUCAUAGUCUUGGCUCCAGGCGUCCACAGUCUUACAAUAACCAACUUGACGUCAUAUACCAUUUAUUCUGUGGAGGUUUUGGCUUUUACGGUGAAAGGAGAUGGCGUGACUAGUAACGCAAUCCAUGUUGAAACCUGUAACUGCCAUCGGUGGAUGUACAGUAACUGGUGGUCAAACCCUCCUUACACCAAUAAAUACAAYAUCAGUGGGAUAUUCCCCUCCUUGCUUAAAAUGCUGACCAAAACAUGCUGUGGUCAAUGCUUAGAACACACGAAGAGUGAAAUCAAGUUUGAUUUCGUCACCGAACAUAGCUAUGCUGUGAAAAGAGACGAGAACGUCGUUCGRGGAGAUAUCGAAGAUGAUUCMGAAAUCAGUUUUCCGAUUACAGGGMGRUAUGGCCAGAUGACUUAUAACGACCAUGCGUUUGUUCCGUUGGUCGAGUCAGGRGGRACAGUGUUYAUGACGAUUGUCGACGAGCCGGGGAUGAUGGCGAGCAUGGUUGUUAUGCAGGUCUUCAAACUAUGGCCGAUGUGCAUGGCUGUCUUCGUGUCCGCAUUUUUCGCUGGGAUUGUCAUGUGGAUAUUGGAUACUUUGUUUAACUCAAAUGAAUUCCCACGUUCGCCAUUCAGAGGAAUUUUAGAAGGAAUGUGGUGGGCUUUCAUCACCAUGACAACGCUAGGGUACGGUGAUCGAAUUCCUAAAGCAUUUCAUUCCAAGUCAUUUGGAAUUGUUUGGAUUACCUGUGGUUUAGUCAUUGUAGCGUUAUUUAUGUCACUCAUCACCGCAUCGCUCACUACAAACGUCAUGGGCUCUGAAAAAAUGGUUUAUGGAUCAAAGGUCGCAGCRUUGCGCAACUCUUCUGAGUUCCGUCUAGGAAUAAGAUUGAAUGGCAUUAUGGAUCAAGAAGCCAAGUAUGACGACCUGAGAGAUAUAUACAAAGCCCUUAAGAAACGAAAAGUUGACGGGAUUCUUGUCGACGCUUAUACCGCGGGAAGUAGAAAGGACUUAUUUGGUGACGAGGAAUUACGCAUAACGAAGAUCAUCAGUCAUUCUUCUGUAUAUGGAGUAGUUCUUGGAGGAMAURCUAAACGACUGCAGUCCUGCUAUCGGUCCUUUUUAAAAGAAGAAAGAGUACGARUAUUUGGUGUAAUUACAAAACACGUUGAACAGGUCGAGGCCUCCCCAGUUACUUCAUCCGACAUGACAGCUGAUUUGUUCGACGCAGAAUCUUACGUCUUUCGACAAGCGAUAACAUGGACUUGUAUUCUAUUUGGUGUGUUUGCUGUAGUGUUCCUGGUUUAUGAAUUGCUUACAAGGAAAAAGCGAAAGCCAAAUCCUUCAAAGCAUGAUUUUAGUGAUAAAAACGCCUUACUUCCUCUAAUAUACCUACAAGACAACACAUUUUUGAGUUACACGGAGACAAAGCAAGUCAUGUUGGCAGUUGUUAAAGAAUUUUACGUAAGCUGUAACGCAACGUCGAAAAAACUCCGUGAAAAACACGCACGUGAGCUUAGGCUUCUAUACAGGAUGAAAGAGCAAGCUGAACAUCCAGAGCAGAAAGAGAAGAGCGGCGAAAAGAAGACUCUUUUUGAAGAGGCUCGUAAAGCGUUUUGGAGGAUASUUUCUGGAGCUCUUCCACCGAGCUCUAACCAAAAUGCAGCAGUAUAAGGAAGGAUAUGGAUUAUGCAUUGGAACUGCAAUACAUGCAUCGAGCAAUACGUCAUAGAAUGUGGUGAAUUACCCUCGAAGAAAAAUAUCGUCCAAAUCAUCACACAAUACUGACACACWUAUAUAGACAGAUAUUGCCUCUCGAUGAGAAUUGAUUGUCUUGGUAAACUAUCUACAAAAAUACACUGAAAAUCAUUGAAGGGAAAGAAGAAGCUUGGAGGGAGAAUACAACUUUCAUCAACAAAACGAGUGAUUGUCAAAAACAAACAUUUUACUUUGAAAUGAGGGCAACUAAGACGAGGUCCUGAUAUCAUUUCAUACAAAGAACAGAAAUUGUCGUCAAAAAGAAUAAGAAAUUCGUGUGGGACAAAAAGUGAACUUUACCUCGGAAAAAGGUACAUUAGGGGUGCGUUUCUUAGCAUUAGUACUGCAGUUUUGAAAACCUGGAAAUUUUAGUGAUCAGAAGAUCGUCACCUAUCACUAUGCAAACCUAAACAGGAGAGUGGGCGCGCGAGAGUAUGCCACCAAGAAAUCACGAGAACGAUCGACAGAAGGUAAACCAUGAUUUCUCAGCGACGAUGCAGCGCACUACAUUUCAAGAUGAUGAAAGKCGAUCACCAGCACAUCUUCAAGGCGUUGGAAAUAUAACCUCAUUCGAUCUCUUGUUCUCUUUGACGUUCGAUAGAUGAGAUGUGUGACUGAAAAACGUUAUUUAAAGUGCGGGCGCUUGUGUUAACAAAUAUUAUAUAUUUUUAGCUUGUUAUAUAAUGUAUUAUUGAUUAUUUCUUGUGUUAGCAAGUAAUUUGUAUAUGUCAUAUAUGUGAGAUAUGUAAUGGCUAGACCAAACUGUAUUAAAAUGAAAUAUUAAUAAAAUAACUUUAU